GACACGAUUGAAAUUGAAGAGAUGCAUUUGAAGGAAGACCGUGAGCGUGAAGAGCGUGAGGAAGAGGGCAACAAACAAAGCUCAGAGGACCUUGAAAAAUUAACGUGGGAGUAUGUGAAUUUCAUGUCCCUAAAUGAGGAAAACAACGAGGUACUCAAGUACUACGAGGAUGAAAAGGAAAAGCUUAAAAAGAAUGCAGACCGCAUGGAGGAGGAGAUACAGAGCAUGGCUCUCUGCAUUGAAGAAGAGCAGGAGAAAAAAAACAAAGUCAAAGCAGAAGUGGAGAUGAUAAAUAAUGUCAAGGACUCAAGGAGAAUGAAAAUAUGGACAAAGACCGAACAGUUGUGUGAGGAGCUUGCGAAGGUCCAAGCGAGCUAUGGGGAGCAGGCCAACAGCCCUGCGUAUCCAUUGAUGAUACUGCUCCAGUUGGAGGACUGGAUUUCUGACUCUCUGGAUUUGAUCGAAAACAUGCCCGCUGAGAGGCUCUGCAAAAUACAAAAGCGGAUUUGCAAACAUUAUGAAAUCAGGGAGCAGGAACAGAAACGCAUUAGGCGUGAAGCGUUAUUAGAAGAACGGAGGCAGAGAAGACAGGAGAGAGCACUUUCUCAUUCAGUGAAACUGACCGGAAAAAAGCUGAUGCCACGUAGCCAGCCUCCGAAGAAGAUAAGAAAGAGAGAGGAACCAAUGGAAACCAAGAAGACGAAGGAGGAUUUAUAUGCUCACUUUGUGGAAUAAUUCGCCUCCGAGCUCCUUCACGGCCUUCUCCAGUGCCCUGUCAUCCUCCACAGAAAAGAAAAACCUCCAGUACCCACUGUGCAAACAAAAAAAACAAUAAC